CGUCAGUCUAUGGGUGGUUUUCUAAAGGUUUAAAUCUCUCUCGUGCUUGAAACAUUUUUGUUUUAUCCGCCAGAGGUUGUUGGUUAUCAUGGAAACGUUUUCAGUCGGUGAAUGGUCUAUCAAAUGAUUGUUCGCGAACUGACCGCAAAGAGAAAACUUCUCAUGACUGUCAAAUCUGUCGAAAAAUUAGACUUUCGAUUUGAAACAAUCUCUUAUGGCCUCCACAGACGAAGAAAUGCCGGCGAAUUUGCAGGACAAACGUAACGACGUCUUUGAAGUUGAGAGCGAAAAUUUGCGUGAUGAAAACCAGAAUGUUGUCACUUCAGGACUAACAAAUUUUCGAUACUUGGUUGAUGCUUACAACACUGCUAAGAGGAAUGAUUUCACAGCUGAUUAUCAGCUUGCUGAAGAUGUCUGUGGUGAUUAUUCUGAUGCGGAAUAUGAUUCUAAUUGUGAAACGCAAGCCGCUAAAAAGUGCGUUGUGGUCAAGGAAGCCGUUUCCCCUGAGGGUGAAUCGAGCACCAGUCCUGUGUCUGCCAACCAAACGAGUCGUUCAUAUUUGUAUGAAAAGAACCCGUUAUUAGACCAGAGAUUUAUCCGCCUUAUUGAGCAGCUUGUGCCUCUAAGAAGAGGGAUUCAGGCAGAAAGAAAAGCCACGACAAGAAAGGAAAACUUUUCUGAUAAAUGCGGCGAGAUUUGUUUCAAAGAUAUCUGCCUUAAAGAUACUUGUCGCUUGGUGUUUAAAAUGAUGAACAGGGGAAGGAGUCCACCGAUGGAGUGAAAAAUAUAAUGUCGGAUUUUAAUCGCAUAUUUUAACCAGGAGAAGGUUUACAGUGUGUGUUUUAAGUUAUGGAAUGAUCAUUUGUUAUAAACACUUUAAUUGAAUUUUUUUUUGUACGUUGAAAAUUGAAACAUGUAACUGAUAACAACGUUGAUUUUAUCAAGUUGGACAAAAACGCCACGAACGAAAGUGCUCGUGAAAUUGUAAAUUUGAAACACGUAACUAUGUUUUUUUUUAAAAUAUAUGUUUUAUCAGAUCAACGUCAUUGGAAAACUUGCGCCUAUUUUAAAUCGCGUUGAUUUUUUUUACUUUCUAUUUGCGCGUCACUAAUUAAUUGGAUCACUAAUUUACACGACCUAAAUUUCCAUCUUGUUCCUCCUGAAUUCUCGAUGCAUUGUGCCUCGGACAGUUUUGACAGCUAAGAAACAAUUGCAAAAAGCAUUAAUUAAUCAGUAAGGAGAUCCGCGAAGGAUAAACAACGUAAAAAGCGGAAAGAUUUCAGUCUUUCAACCUUACGAUUAGAGAAAAUUACACAAAUUAUACAAACGUUGUAUCUGAAUUUUACAUCAUGAGUUAUAAUAAAUUUGGUCCCACUGUCUCAACAAA